GCUAUCGUCAUAUUUUCAUUAAACAGGUUUGGAUUGGACAGUUCCCGUAAAAACCUUACCCUCGACAUGGAAGCGGCAGUCUGUUGAUUGGAACCCAUUCGGAAUGUUCGAAGCGCAUCAGAAUCGAUCCCUGCAGCUCGUAGUUCUCCUCUCCUUGGCGUUCUCCAUUUGCUCUGGAUCGCCGAACGCCUCGAGCUGCGGUCAUCGGUGCGGAGGAGGCGACUGCAUCCGACUGGACCAGCUUUGUGACGGCACCGCCAACUGCUUGGACGCCUCCGAUGAGACUGCCGCCAUGUGUGAGAAGGUCUGGUGUCCGGGAUAUGGAUUCCGCUGCAGCUACGGAGCAUGCAUAGCCAGCACAGUGGUCUGCGAUGGCGGGCGGGACUGUGUGGAUGGAUCGGACGAGGAGGGAUGGCUUUGCCGGGCCCAGAUGCAGCAGGCCAACUGCGACAACUGGGAAAUGUACUGCUCCUCCGGCCAGUGUAUGCCCUACUCCAAGUUGUGCGAUGGGAUCAGGGAUUGCCGGGACGGAGAUGAUGAGCUGGAGUCUCUUUGCGAAGGUGUCGCCCGCCCAACCACAGUCCGAUCAACUACUGCGACCGCGGAGGUCGAUCUUACUGAGAUGACUCCCACAGUGAAAGAGCGACCUCGUCCCUAUCUUAUUGAGGGGAAUGGGGAGUGCGCGAUUCCACAGUUGCCAAACGUGAUUGUGAAGCAUUUCACUGAUGCGAUCCUAACUGCAGGAUCCAGAGUAGCCAAUGGGACUCGUAUAUACUACGAGUGUCCCGCUGAGCACUCACUUAAGGGAGAGGACCAGAACAUUUGUGAAGACUCAUUGUGGGCUAAGAAGUUUCCAUACUGCGAAACGCCCGAAGCCUUUAUCUUUAGCCUGGUAAUAUGCAUAUUCUCUUUCCUAAUGGUGGUAUUGAUAUUCCUAAUUUGGCGGGUUCGGCGAGACAAUGGCGAGAGAAGGCAACGUGAGGAGCACAUUUGGCUGGUGGAGACGAGUAGUACGCAUCCCAAAGCAACUGACUUGCCAAAGGUCUAAGGAUAAGCUGAACAUCAGCUAUUAUGCUUAAGUGCUUAUAAAGUGUAAAUUGUAACCGUUUAAGUGCUGACAAACUCUGUUGAGAUGCUGUUGAAAGUCACUGUUAAUUUUAAAAUCGUUAGACACUGAACAUAUAUAUUUUUAUGAAUAGAUAA